AUGGACUGGCUGAACAAGAAGAAGAAGGCGGCGAAGCGGGCAGCAGCCAAGAUGAAGAAUCAGCGCUCGACCUUUCAAGGGGAAGGAAACGUGCUUGGUGGUACUUCUGACGCCUCGUCUGCGCCGCCGCCGCCCGCCACGGCGUCAUCUCGUGGUCCGUCAUUAAAGCUGCCGUUUAUCACGAACAAACCGCCUGCUUUAUCGGAACAGGAACAACAGGAGCGACGCGAGCAGCAGGCUAAAGCGCUCGAGCAACGUGGUAAUGCGUGGGACAAACGUGUGGCUACAGCACGCAAGAUGAGGCUCCAGCAGGAAGAAGAGCAGGAGAGCAAGUUUCAAUACACAGAUCCAGUCCCGACCACUGCACCAAGUGCUGUUUCUGUCGUGCUCUCGAAUGAAGAAGUCAAGGCUAGAGAGCUGCAAAGCGCUCAGGCGCAGAUGGGCUUUAACCCGUACGCAGUGACUAUUUCAUCCUCAACACAGGCAGUGUCUGCUAUGAACGGUAUUGGCGGGAAUGCUGGUGCUUUGACAGCAGAGAGCAGUGGGGCUGGGACGUCGUUUGUGCCUCCUGGAGAGAUGGCUCGUGCUGCACUACUUGGCUCUAUAUCGGCAGACGAGAAGACUGGUGAGAAUGGUGCUGUGUACGUGCUGCUUCGACAAGAUCCGACACGUGCGAUCACAGCAGCAGAAACGCUGAUUAAGAUGCUGAGCAACGUUGUGAAGAAUCCACAGGAGGAAAAGUUCCGCAAGGUUCGACUUUCGAAUGCGUCGAUUCAGUCCAAGCUUGUGGCUGUACCUGGUGCUAUCGAUAUUCUUGCAGAAGUCGGGUUUGCACCGGUCGAGAUCGAUGGUGAUACCUAUUUAAUACUACCUGCUGACGCGUUCCAGGCAGAUCGCGUGCAGUCUGCUAUCGACCGCACGGAAGUGGCGCGCACUCAGCUCCAGCACGACUCAACGUAG